AAUUUCAUAAUCGUAUUAAAUAGACAAUAAUAGGGUGUUUGGCGGUGUUUCAAAAGUCUUCAUCCGAUUACGAACCUAACCAAGUUUAUUUAAAACGAGUUACCGCUUUUGGAGGAAACACUUGUUGAUUACCACCAGCUGUUGAGAAAAUUGAUAUCCAAUAAGUUAUCAAGUCACGUGUUUUGUGGUUUUGUCAUUUGUAAAUUUUUAAUUUUUAAAUUUUAAAUUUUUAUAGUCAUGGCCCAUGGGUCAUGGUGUCAUGCUCAAGCAGCUUGCACAUAUUUCUAACCCUCAUUAUACCUUAUAAUAUAUCGUAUAUCGUUUUUCAUAAUAGUAUUGUAAUUUAUUAUUUUAAUAUUUCACAACAGUUGGAUAGUUGGUUGACGUCUUUUCACAUUCUUGUAUAGUCUGUUAAAUAAAUAUUGUACCUAUUGUUGUUUUCGACUGUCAUUAUAUAUUAAAUUUAAUCGUCAAGUGAUAAUUUAGUAUAAAUAACGGCUCGAGUAGAACAACCAUAAUAUUUUUAGUGUAAUAAGUGGUUGCACGAAAACGUUAUAACAAUGAAUUGGCGGACUCCUCUUACAUCUUCUCAAGUUCUGGAAUUCUUACCUCUGAACACUUGGACCGAAGUAAUCUUAAUUUCACUUGAACCAAAUGAAAAUGGUGUAUAUAUAGCUACAACUGAAGAUAAAAAAAUAAAACAGUUUGAAGAUAUGAAUAAAAUGUCAGUAUUUGGUGAUUGCUUUGAAAAAGUUAAAGAAUUUAAGGCUUCGGAAAUUGUUGCUGUUAUAAUAGAUGAAAAUUGGUAUAGAGGAAGAAUGAUAAAUUACAAUGAAUUCAAAUUUAAUGAUACAAGAAUUGAGUUAAUUGAUGUUGGUUGUUUUUAUCAAACUAAAUUAGACAAUUUGUUUGUUCUUCCAUACUUCUUGUUGUAUGAACAAUUAGCUCUACCAAUCCAAUUCCAGGAGUUUACACCCAAAACAACAAAAUUAACUAUAAAACCGAAUUUUCCUAAAAGCAAGCUGCAUGAAGGGAUUGUGCUUGUUGAUGUUUUUUAUAAUAAUAUCAAGUUGAAUAACGAAGAUGAAAAAAAUCAAUUAGAUACAAAAAAUAAAAAAUGUAUCACUUAUAGUCCAGCUAGACAGGAAGAGCAAAAAAAUGUUUCAUUAAUAAAUGGAGAUUAUUGUUUUAUUCAAAUGUUUAAUGAUUUGUCUAAUAUUUAUGUAUGCAAAGUUGUGAAAAAUAUUGAAAAUGAAAAUUAUACUUUAUGCGAUGUUGAUGAUGUUUUAUCAAAAACAAUUUACUGUAAAGAUCAAAAACUCAAAAAAUAUCCAAUUUUGGGCGAUACUGUCAAAGUGUUUUCAUUCCAAAAACAAGAUUAUUAUAGAGCAAAAAUUUUGAAAAAAAAUAAUGAUCAAAAUAGUUAUGAUGUCUUUUUUAUUGACUACGGAAAUAUUGAAACAAUUAUGUCUAGUGAAAUAUAUGAAUUGCCACAAGAAUUAUGCUGCAAGCCUGGUUUAAUUAUUAAAGUCGGAAUUAGUGAUUUAGUACCUGUUGAAAACAAUUCAUUGAGAGCACAUGAAAAAAUAAAAGAAUUAUUUGAAAUAUUCAUUAAAAAUAAAAAAAUAUUCCAAAUUGAAUUUGAUGAAACUCCUGAAAAUUACUUACAAAAUGUAAAAUUUAAAGAAAUUGAAAAUGGAUUGUAUAUUAACGAUUUUAUAAAAAAUUGCUUUAAUGAAUUAUCAGAAAUUGAAUGUCAAAAAUCAUUGCACACACAUUUUAAAAUAAACAAUAACCAUCAUGAUGAUAUUAAUCUUGGAAGAAAAUUAAAUAAUAAUGAUAUUGUUUAUUUAAAAAGUUUCCAACCACAUAAUAUUGUUUAUGUUAUAAAAGAUAUAAAAUUAUUUAAUGAAAUAACAUUCAAUAUUACUCAAGACAAAAAUUCCAUACUCAAAACAGAUUUCAAUGAAGGAGAUAUUGUUAAAGUUAUUUCAGGAAAUUCUACAUAUCGAGCAAAAAUACAAAUGAAACUUAGUAAAUACAAUUCAAUUUCUGUUAUCAAUAUUGACACCGGUGCUUAUAAUUUUGUUAAACCCAAUUCCAUUUAUGAGUUAUCAAACGAUUUAAUGAAGAUCCCCAGAUUAUCAAUACGACUUAAAGUUUAUGAUCUUCUUAAAAUAAAUGCCAACACAGGAGAUAAAGAUUUAUUGAUAUCAUAUAUUAAAAGUAUUGAAAACAUUCCUUUAUUGGUGAAGUGGGUUCAAAAUGAUUCAAGUCAGUAUAAAUAUUCAAAAAAAUGUGUAAUUUUAAAAAGAACAGACAAUUCUGAAAGUAUUUUCACUGAAUUUUUUAGAAGUAUCAAGGGUACACCAUCGUUUAUAUGUAAUGAAAUGUCAAAUUGUAAUGUAAACGAUGAAGUAAUUAAUGAAUUCAAAAAAAAUUUGAAAAUUGACGAUUUUGAAAAUGUCAAAUUAAAAAAUGGAGAUUAUUGUAUAAUUACCUAUUUUAAAAAUUUUAAAGACAUUUAUAUAUGUAAAGCUGGUAAUGAUUUUGAUGGUAACUUUUAUACUAAUAAUGAUAUAAAUAGUAUGUUUAAGGAUAUGCACCACAGUUCAGAUAGUGAAGUAAAUGCGAAUCCAGUUUUAGGAGACAUUGUUAAAGUUUUUUCACCGGCAUACAAAUCAUAUUAUAGAGCUAAAAUUCUUAGUGCUGAAGGUAAAAAUUGUUUCCGUGUUUUAUAUAUUGACUAUGGUGAUAUAGAAAUGGCUGAAUUAUGUAAUAUAUUUGAGCUUUCAGAUAAUUUAAAAAAACAGCCUGGAAAUGCUAUACAAAUUGGAAUUGAUAUUUCACUUGAUAAAACACCAAAUGAAGAAAUAAUUAAUAUGUUUGAUCAUUUAGCUACACACGAAAUACAAUUAUCAAUGGAGUUUAAUGAAUCUGAUGAAAAAGGAUUGGACAAUUGUGUUUUAAAAGUCAUUUCGAAUGGUCUUAAUAUUAACAAUGAAGUUUUAAAACUAUUAUCCAAUGAAUCGCCAUCAUCCUUAUUAGAAAUCACAAGUUGAAGAAUCUAUGAAAUCACCAAGUAUUUUAACUAACGGAACAAUAAAGUACAAAUUAAUAUGUAAUGGAUAUUGGAUAAGACAGCAAAAUAAAUUAUGUAAUUUUAAUUAAUUUAAUCCUAUGCAUAGGCGAAACUAGAUUAUGGAUAUCAUAGUAUCAUAAUACUGACUUAGUAAUUAGUAGAAUUUAAAAUAAAGUUUAAAAACUUAGAAUUUUUUUUUUCAUAUUUGUCACUUGGCCUGUUCUAAUUAAAUUGUCUAGUUUCGCCUAUGAUCCUACGAUUAUAGUAGAUUUAAAUUCAGAUAGGGUAAACAACAUAAAAUAAAUAAACUAAAAGAGAGAGAGAGAAUUAAAGACCGACAUUUUGAUAUUAUUGUCUAUAUAAUUUAGUUACCAUGUAGCCAUUAUGUAGGUUAUCUAUUUAUAUCACAUUGUUUUAUUAAAAACAAUAUUGUCUAAAAAAAAUAAUUGCAUUACCUAUUACUUUGAUUGUAAAUAGUAAUUAUACAAUUAUAUACUCUGUCCAGCAAGAAAACACUCCGAUUCUACUCACCCUGUUAUUGAAACCUAGUUUUGUAAAAUAUAUACUUUUUAAAAAUAUUUAAGCACAGAUACAAAUAUUAAUCUUGAAAAAAUUAUUAAAAUACAUAUUUGAGUACUAAAAAAGUAUUAGAAUACUUUAACUCAAGUACUUUACAACAACUGUUGAGAACAGUCCCAUUAUGUAGCAGUGUUGUGUAGGGUCGUGCAGAACCAAUUUUUGUUGGGCUACAGCUUGUACUCUUGCUGGGCAAAGUAUAGGUAUAAUAUUUUAAUAUCAUUUAACUUUUUUUUUUUAUCAAUCCAAAUAUAAAGAACUAAUUAUUUUUAA